AUGGCUUUGCUGGUUGGCUGCUUUCGAGAAUAUCAAGAACUUGCAGAUGCUUACAGUGACCAGGCUGUUGUAAUGGGCAUUUUCAGGCAUUUAUCUCACAUUGCCCAACAUUUUUUGAUGACUUUAAUAUUCAUGGAAGAAAUCGAUGAGCGGCACCUUGUAAGAUUUGCUGAAUCUGCACAAGAAGCAGAAACAGUCACCAAUGAGCUUAAAUCUUUGCGAUUAUUUUUAGAGCAAGGUAGAUGUGUGAAGGUCAAUCCCUAUGUAGCUUUUCAAAUCAAAAGAAUCCUCUCACAGCAAGUUGUGUGCAGCUUAAGAAUAAAAACAAAGCCUGACAAAAGAAGGCCUAAUAUUGAAAAAAUCGUUGAGCAUUUUCAUAUUUCGUGAAACAAAAUCAUUGAGUUUUUGAUAUGAAGGACAAGAACACCAUCAAUAAGCAUCCUGCAGCUUCUUAUUAGAGCUGGGCUGAUAUCUCAAGAUAGCCAAGACUUUCAGCAGACUGCAGAGAGUUUUCGGUUUCUUUUAAAACCAACACAACACCAAAUUUGUCAACUAUUAAGGCAGCUCCUUGUGAGCUACCAGGACCGCGCAAAAACAGCAAUAAUUUUAUAUAAUUUGUCAAUAGGAAAAAUCGGACAAGACUACAGUGUAAAAGGCAUCAGCCAUGGAUUGAUUGCAGAUCUCUAUGAGCUUGGGUUGAUUUACAAAUACAACUCUAAGUCAAAAAGAUUUUAUGUAGUGCCACAAAUUAUCGGGAUAUUAACAAAUUCCCCGAAAGACAAUAUCAUAACUGAAAGGUUCUUAGUUGUAGAAACCAACUUCAGGGUCUAUGCAUACACAAAUUCAGAGCUCCACAUUGUAUUACUAACUCCCCCCCCUCCGUGAGUGAACAAAACCAUUAGAAAAAUCGCUAUUUUUUGCCCAAAAACCCACCCUCCGUGAGUGAACAAAAAUUUUUUUAAUAGAUAAAUUUUUUAUGGAAAAUAAUUUUGAUAUAUAAGUGAUAAUUAGCAUAAUGAAAUAUAGUGCUAAUUCUGUUUAAUUUUAAACGAAUCGCUUUUUAAAAUAUAAAUUUUAUAAAUUAAAUUAAUAUUUGCUUUCCAAUUUUUGCGAAUUAGGAUUUUUUUAAAUUUCGAAAAAAAAUAUUUUUUAAUAAAAUUUAUAUAUAAAUUUUUUUAAAAAAAAAAAAUAAACCCCCCUCCGUGAGUGAACAAAAUUUUUUUGUUCACUCACGGAGGGGGGGAGUAAGCUAUUUUAUGAGGCUUGAGUAUAGACUGCCUAAUUUAGUAAUUGGAUUUCUAACAAGAGAAAGCGUUUGCAAAGCUUUCAGAGAUGGCCUGCAGUGUGCUCAAAUAAUCACAUUUUUAUCAAAUCAUUCUAAAAAUCAUAGCAUGCCUGAUAACGUGGCUGAGCAAAUAAAGCUAUGAGAAAUGGAAAGGUCAAGAAUUAAUGACCAAGAAGCCAUCAUGCUUGAUGAAUUUGUGGACUUGUCGCUAUAUAAAAGUACUCUUAAUUUCGCUGUCAAUUGUGGGGCUUAUAUUUGGGAUAAUCAAGAACGAAGAGUUAUUAUUCUGAAGAAAGAAAGAUCUAUGCCUGUUCUUCAGUACUUGCAACACUUGGAUAGAAUUUAA